ACAGGCUUUCGUUCCCGCUCCUCCUUCAAGCUUCUCCAGCUCAAUAGGAAGUUCCAGUUCCUGCAGAAGGCUCGGGCACUGCUGGACCUGUGUGCGGCCCCUGGCGGGUGGCUGCAGGUGGCUUCCAAAUUCAUGCCGGUUUCCAGUUUGAUCAUUGGGGUAGAUUUGGUUCCCAUCAAGCCUAUUCCUAACGUGGUGACGCUGCAGGAGGACAUCACCACUGAGAAGUGCCGCCAGGCCCUGCGCAAGGAGCUGCAGACGUGGAAGGUGGACGUGGUGCUGAACGAUGGAGCACCCAACGUGGGGGCCAGCUGGGUGCACGACGCCUAUUCCCAAGCCAACCUGACUCUCAUGGCCCUGAAACUGGCCUGCGAAUUCCUCUGCAAAGGCGGCUGGUUCAUCACCAAGGUGUUUCGUUCCCGGGACUACCAGCCGCUCCUCUGGAUCUUCCAGCAGUUCUUCCAAAAGGUCCAGGCCACCAAGCCCCAAGCCUCCCGCAAUGAGUCCGCUGAGAUCUUUGUGGUGUGCCAGGGUUAUCAAGCUCCAGACAAAAUCGACAGCAAGUUUUUUGACCCAAAAUACGCUUUCAAGGAGGUGGAGGUUCAGACUAAGUCUGUUAGUGAGCUGGUCAGCAAAAAGAAGCCAAAG